UGUGUCAGGAGCAGAAAUGCAGCAACAACAAAAAUUGACUCGUCAAAGGAGUGCUGCGAAAGGUCGCAAGUCGACGGUGCUGCAUCCGAAGAAAGAUUUGACGAAUGCCGAGUUGUUGGAGAAACUGGGACUCUCAAAGUUACGCAUUCCUCCGUCGCAUAAUCGCAAACGAUUAGCUGUGGAGUCACGACACCAUUCGCGGCCCGAUGAUUCGCACAUGUUUGUAAUCAAAUUACCACCCAACCCAUACUAUUACGGCAAUGCAAAACCAGCAAUAAGCAAUAAAAAUUCCAUCGAAGAUGUGAGCAGAAAGAUUCCUGUCGGUUUCUCGUCGAAUGGCAAACCAGCGCGAAUCUAUCAUUGGAACAUCCCAGUUUUGAAGAAAAUCAUCAACUCCAAUCAAAGUCGUCGCAAUCCCAACUUACGAAACGCCGUCGACUACGAAGACGAACUUCUCGACAUCAAACACAUCCCUACGUGGUCCAAGCCAUGGGAGAACGAAGCAAUGGACAAACACGCCUUGGUCAAUGCCGAAAAAAUGAUCAAGAAAAAGUCGCCAAGCUAUUAUGCGCCAACGAAACCCAAACACACAAACUUCAAGAAAUACUUCUCCGGCAACGGCAAACCCAAGAGUUUCUACGUAAUCGACAAUAAAAAUCACAAACCCAUCCAGUAUCACAAGUUAAUCUCUUAAUUAUGAAAUCUCGCAUGGGAUCUUAUCAUAAAAAGCAAUGCAAGCAAUAAAAAAAAUGUUAAGUGUGUGAUAGGAAUGUUAAACGAGAGAAAUAUCUUCGGGAGGAUCGAAACAGGUUGUAAAUGAAUUCUUAAAUUAAUGAAAGACUUUUUAGAGUACUUUAGCUUUAAAACGAUAAACGAAAAGGAAAAUUACUAAUUAAUGACCUAUUUAUAUAAAAUAAUUGAUAAUAAUUGAAGAACUGAAUCUUAUCGACUUUUUAUCUCUCUUGCUGUCCAACUAA